AUGCGCGACCAGGAACUCGAAGGAGGCUUUUUCCUCCUCAUCGAGGAUCCCGUAGAGUUCUGCUGUCCGCUGGAUAGCCCGUUCAAGUUUGUCACCGGGGGCUACAAUAACAGUCUCGAAAUGUACGAUAUUCGAAAGGACUACGAAAGCCAUCUACGUCAAACUGCAGAAUCAACUUUUCUUAGAGUGUGCAGAAGUAUCAUCACCACAAAACCAGUGUACAAAACGUCGACCCCUAAACAGAACGGCGACUUUCUGUGGCUCAAGAACGCAGUGGUGAUCAACGAGCCGCCUACAGACGACGACGUCACCGUCCUGGCAACAACCAAGUUCGGCAAAAUGCUUGUUUAUAAACCGUUCCUCGCUAAGGUGCCCAUCCAGAUAUACCAGCUGUCAACGCACUCGGUCAACCACAUCUUCACGUUGCACAAAUCCAAAAUUCUGUUCAUGGACUCGUUCAACCUGAUUGGAGUGUUUGACCUCGCUGCAGAGAGAAUCGUGAAACGGUUCGAGCUCCCGCUGAUCGGAUCCAUUGCUGCGCUCGACUGUGUGCGCAUCAACAGCUUCUCGUUCUUGCUUGUUCUGGUCUCGCUCGACAAAUCCAUCAGAGCAUACAGACUCACGCUUCCAAAUUGCACAAUGACACUCAUCAACAUCGCCAAAGUGCCAUCGAUCGUGCCAUGUCUCAAAGUGCUCGAUUUUGACGACAUGGUCCACCGCCUUGACUUCAAGUAUUAUGAUUCAAAAUGA